GGUUUAUGUAAUUUGUUGGUUGAUAUUCUCAAAAACAAGUGGUAAAGGGAGAGCCUUUCGAAUUUUUCGUAAAAACUUGGAAAACCCAAAAUCAAAUGAUGAUCUCAGGACUCUAUCAAAUAUCAGAAACUAUAAAAAAGCACAUUCCAAGAAGAAGUUGAUUAAACUUUAGCUUCCUUUGCAGUUAAAGCCAUGACUCUACAAGCAAGUUCCUUUAACAUUGGAGGCAUUUCUCCUCUUCCCUGCCCUCCAAAAACUUCCCUUCGUCGAUUUGUAACCAGAGCUCAAGUGGAACCAUCAGAGAAAUCUGUAGAAAUAAUGAGGAAAUUCUCGGAACAAUAUGCUCGUCGAUCAGGCACGUAUUUCUGUAUGGAUAAGGGAGUGACUUCUGUUGUUAUCAAGGGAUUGGCUGAGCAUAAAGAUACGUUGGGUGCUCCUCUCUGCCCUUGUAGGCAUUAUGACGACAAAGCUGCUGAGGCAGGGCAGGGGUUUUGGAACUGCCCAUGUGUUCCUAUGAGAGAAAGGAAAGAAUGUCACUGCAUGCUAUUUCUCACUGCAGAUAAUGAUUUUGCUGGCCAAGAUCAGUCUAUCACAAUGGAAGAAAUCAAGGAAACAACGGCAAACAUGUAGCUCUUGACAUUCUGAGUUUCACUUUUCUAAAUCAUAACUUGUUAUUUUAUCUGUAUUAUCAAUAGAGUUAUUUUUGUUUUACCUCCCAUGUGAUCUGAAAUUGCUGUA